AUGGGCCUUUCACGCUCGCCCGAAGCGCCGCCCCCGCCCCCGGCCCAGCCCCCUCCCCCCUCGCCCACGCUGUGCUCCCGCUCGUGUUUACUCUGUGUUCCCCGUCCGAAAACCCGCUCAAAUUCCCCCAACCGCCUCCCCAAGGCCUACCGCGAUGAGGUCAAGUGCUCCAAAAAGCUCCUCAAAGAUAGCAAGGUCUUACUAUAUCCAGAAGAGGGUUGGGCUCGAAGCGCAGCCUCAUCUUACUGGAUGCUUCGUCCGUCCUGGUGGAAACCUAGUUCCUGUAAAGUUGUUGAAGUGGCCGGCACGAGGAGGUUUAAAACAAAUGCCAAAAUGGUAGACUCAGGAACUGGCCAUGUGUUCAUUGUUGGGUCUUUCAAAAAAACUCCGGAACCUGAUUUUAAGUUGUGUCUGACGUCGAAAGUGAGCAUGGCCGAUUUCAACAUGGGCUACUGCAUGACGGGCUCGCUGGAGAGAGGCACGAAGAAAGACAACUGCUUCCAGACGACGCACUUUGCGGUCAUUAGGAGGAGGGACUUCGAGAAGUACUGAUUCCGCGAGAUAUGCAGCGCCUGACGCCUUGCUCAAUGCACCACCAACGCGGCACCCGUCUGCCGGGGCCCCAGCGCAGCGACCCCCGGGCCCCGGGUACACACCCGCUGAAAAGGUGGGGCGCCCCUUGCUUCGCCGUUGAGUGGUUCAAAAAGAAUCCUUUUGUUUUGUUCUGUUUUUCGUUGAUUGUGUAGAGUUCUUUUUGGAAUUCGUGUCGGAAAAAGAAAAUUGACGGCUGAAGUUGAAAAAUGUCCACAUCCGCUCUUGUCUUAUUUUUUUGAGAGAAAGUUGGAUGACGAACCAACAGCCUAACUACAUUUUGCGUUUUCUAAUUGGCUCUCAUGUUUUAUUUAUUCUUGUAACAGGGAACUAAACGAUUUAGCAGCUUUUAACUUUUUGUGAAUUUACUGGACUAAUCAUAAUCUAGAGUUUCAGCUUAAACAAAAAAUCAAGUUUUCUGUUUAAAAAAUAAAAAAGUAGAUAGUACCUGAUGUAGAUACGCUGGUUUUGGUCGAUUUCGUCCACCUAAUUAAUCAAAAAAUUUUCUGUAACUAUUGUCUCGUUUACUGAGGUAUAUCUAUAGAAUCUUUCAAGGAGAUGAUUUGGACUAUUUUGCAAUUGGGAACUAUAAUUUCUGGCUCUUCUGGAAAAACACCUUUAUGCGUAGAGAAACGAAUGGCGCAUACGUUGCUUUUAAACCGGACCAGAAUUUAUAGUUCCAAAUUGCAAAAUGCAGUCCAUUUGGUCAAUUUCCUCCAAAAAAAUAAAACAUGAUCGGAGAUUUUGAAACGUUAAAAUUAAGAUGCAUAUUUUUCGACUGUAGUCAUCAAAGUAAAUACGUACAAUGUCUGUUUUACUUGGAGUAAAAUGGAGCAUCAUUUACUGGAAGGUACGUCGUAUAAGGAGGCAAUCUACGGCAAAAGUCUCAAAACACAAAUCUGAAUCUGUGACGUUGCAGAUUUCUCACCAUGGUUCAAUUUUCUAAAGGAUGAACCUUAUUUCUUGGAAUUUUUAUUGAUUUCUUUUCAUCUCGUGUAAAAUAUUAUAAGAAACUUUCAAACAAUCCGUUUGUUUCUUUUUUUCUUAUUUAAGAAAUAAUAAUAAUAAUAAUAAAGCAAGAGCAAAGAUUUGGAAACGACAGAUUAGAGAUAUGUGUUCUUUGACCCUCGCCAUUGAUAAGGGCUUGAUCUAAUGUUAACCGUUGCUAUUGGAUUGGGUAACGCAAACGUGCAUAUUGUGUAAAAUUUAACAAUUUUAGUCAAUCAUUUUUACGAGGCUUAAUUUUAUUAGAACUUUUCAAAGUUUGCGUUGCCUUGGCGUUUAUUCCUGCGAAAACUGUAUAAUCAUCUUACAUUUUACUUCGAUGUACUCGUAAAUUUGGUUUCAAAGCUUAAGGAUUUUUUAAAGAUAAAUUUUAGAAUUUUCCUCCUGUCUAAUUUUUCUUUAAACAAUAACAAAAGUAUGGUUGCAAAGUUUUAGUGCUUAUGAUUCCCAUUUGUUCCGAGUAGCUUUUUUAAUCAUUCAUGUUUUUUAAACAUUCCGUCCAAAA